AUGGCUGUAGCCGCGCCGUUCUCUUUGUUGGAACAUGCAAUUGCUGUUGCUAGAGACAUAUGGUUUCGUAAAGUGAAUGUUAGGUGUUGGUUGGAGGCUAUAUCAGGACGCUCUUGUUUCAAGGAAUACUUAAAAAAGGCAAACAAUUAUACCAGGCAAGAACUUCAUAAAUGGGGAUCAAUGUACGAAAAGAGGUUUGGGUAUACUUUUGUGACAUGUGCAUCUGAAAAGAGUUCUUCUGAAAUACUUGCUGAAUUGAAGACGCGCUUUAGAAACGACCAUGUUGUUGAGUUGGAUAUUGCAUCAAAGGAGGAAAUGAAGUAUAUAGAAUUGCACAUUACAGAUCUUCUAUCCAAGAGAUAUGCCCAAAGUACUAAUAAGGGAGAUGUGUUAACUGAAUAUUCAGGCGAAGUAGUUAAGGACAGUCUAGAUGGGAUAGAGACUGAUUCAGCAGAAAAUUUAGAUGAAAUUUUCUCUGUUAGAAUUGACAUCUCCAUGCAGUCUGAUAACAAAAAGGUUUUGGAAGAAGACAAAGAAACUUUCGAUAACCAGCAAAUACAAGAUCAUGUAUAUGUUGCAAAAGGGGCUUCGAUUUGA